UUGCUAACUGUUAGAAGGAUGGGGUUCUGGUCCGGUCCUACAGCGGGCCGCAGCACCCAGAACUUCACUCCCUAUAACUACAUAAGAUAAAGUAACAAACAGAAACAGAACCGCUGGGCCUCCACCUCAGAACACAACAGAACUCUGAGUGCGUCGGGGCUGCCGACCCGUCAAUCAGUCCAACAGGAGGACAGAAUCAUGACCCGGUUGACGAGAUGCUCUGGAGGAACAGAGUGAAGACUGAAAAUGUUCCUGUUCUGUUCCUGUUCAAACUUCAACAUGUAGAAGUUCUGACCCGGCUUCUUUACUUCAGCAGAGGUAAUGGCGUACAGGUUCUGACGUGUGAGGAGUUACACACAGACCUGAAAUGAUACUCAGGUAUUUGUACUCCAUUACUUCCUGUGGGUACCUGCAGUUCUUCCUCAGACAGGUGGUCUGACCGGUCCUGCGGCCCUCAUGUGUUUGUUGAGACAACAUACCUGCUCAUACCUGAGCAGCUGAACAGGUGAUGUCGGUCCUGUGGACACUCUGACCCUCACUGUGCUGACGCCCUGACAGCAGCAGGUGAGAUGACUCACCUGAGCUGCUGUCAUAACAAGCUUUCAUUAAUCCUUCUGUCUGCUCACUCUGAACCACACUGUUCUCUCUCACCUGUGGACCGCUGAGACUUUUACAACCUCCCAGUCUUCUUCUGGUCACCUGAGACACCUCGUGCUGCUUCUGACUCCAUGGACUUUAACCUGAGCGCCUCACCUGAGCGCCUCACCUGAGCGCCUCACCUGAGCGCCUCACCUGAGCUCAGCUGACAGGGAGCAGUGAGAGUCCGUCAUGAGGAGACGUCUCUUCCUGUUGGGGAUUUUUUGUUUCAUCAUUUCCACCAUUUUAUACUCAAAGUACAGCAAGCCGAGUGCCGACAGUCACCUGACAGCAGGUGGGGUCGAUGAGGUCGACUGGACGAACGUGUCAGCAGCUCAUGAAGAAGAAGACGAGCUGGUCGAAGCUCCAUGUUCUCUGAGGAAGGCAGCGAGGAACAAUGUUCUCCUCAGAAACCGGUUCAGGUUCUCGGUUCCGGUUCUUCAGUGGGCCGGAAGUUUCUCCAAACGGUCCUGGGAGCAGCUGACGGAGCGAGCGCCGCCGUACGGCUGGAAGGGACUUCCUGUCGGCGCGGUUCGGGCGGCGCUCUCCCUCCUCUACAGCUCCCGUCUGUUCUGGAGAGGUUCACCUGACAGGUGUGUUCGCUGCGCUGUGGUGGGAAACGGAGGAAUCCUGCGAGGCUCCGGACAGGGACGCCACAUCGACGGACACGACCUGGUCUUCAGGAUGAACGGCGCUGUGAUCGAAGGUUUUGAAGACGAUGUGGGGACGAAGAUUUCCUUCUAUGGAUUCACCACCAACACCAUGAAGAACGCUCUCCGGCUGUACCGCAGGGACGGGUUCACCAGAACCCCCCAGAGUCCAGAGAUAAACUACAUCUUCAUCCCGUCAGACCUCAGGGAUUAUGUGAUGAUGGCGGCGGCUCUUCAGAACCAGACUGUGGGCUCGGGUCGAGACAAAGGUGACAGACCUUCUAAAUAUUUUGGUCACAAGCCUCCAGAAAACUUCCGGAUGCUCCACCCAGAUUUCAUCUCCUACCUGACCGACAGUUUCCUGUCGUCUCAUCGGAGGACCAACACCAAGUUCGGUCACCUGUACAUGCCGAGCACCGGAGCUCUGAUGCUGCUGACCGCCCUGCACACCUGUGACCAGGUUUCUGCUUACGGCUUCAUCACCAGGAACUACGCAGACUUCUCGGAUCAUUACUACGACUCCAGGCCGAAGCCUCUGCGGUUCUUCGCCAACCACGACCUGCGGAUGGAGAGCCGGCUGUGGGAGACGCUGCACCAGAGCGGCCUGAUCCGGCUGUACCAGGGGAGGGAGGCCCGCUGACCCGGGAGUCCAGACCAUGGCUCAGUUUGGUUCUUCAGGACACAAGAACAUUUUUAAAUCUCUCUGCAGAUCAUCAACAGAUCAGCAUGUGAGCUGAUGAAGCAGCUUCUGACUUCAGUGUUUCAUUUAACUUCAGUGAAGUGAUUUUAUUUCUGAAGCUGCAGGUUCAUUAAUUGAUCUGACCUGCUGGAGACGAGCUUCUUCUGCUGGAGGUUAAUCAGCUGUUAAACCUUCACUGGUGACGUGAGGAAUGAAGCUGUGACGUCACGUGAAUCACACAGAUCUGAAGUGUGUGUUCUGUCUCAGUUUACACACAGUGUUUUUAAUAAAGAGUCAUUUUAUACGCUGA